GCGAGAGAGAAAAUACAAAACGCAGGCUAUAGUUUGCACGGAUUUCUCUGUUCAUUAGCACAACGCAUCCUCACAGAGACUUUGCUCAGCGGAUUAGUAGGAAGAAGAUGCAAGCUGUUUUGAUUCAUUUCUUGGUUGUCAAUAGGCAUUGAUAUUGGUGGGGUGCAAGAAUAAGAGAUUGCUAUUCAGAGAGAGAGAGAGAGACAGAGAGAGAGAAUGAGCGUGAGAGAUGGGUAACUUUAUGCACGCUAUACAAAAAAGAGUUCCGGGAUCUUUUAAGUAAUUUGCGACACCCUUCUAAACUAACUGAUUUGAACUGCUUAAAGCAGAUACAGUGUUUUGGGACCCAGGGUGGAAUUUUCUUCGAAAGACAUAAUACGGAGGUGCCGCAAACAUGAUUGCAACGACCCAACAGAACAUGACAGCGGACCUGGCCCAGGAUCUGGGAAGCACUGCUGGACCUCCUCGGAACUGGAAGGGCAUUGGCAUCGCCAUGGCAGUCAUCCUGGGUGUCCUGGCACUGGUCAGCCUCUCUAUUGUCGCCCUGACUCCCGAUGAAUCUCACCUAUUUGUGCGCUCCUGCCUCACCGUGGAGGAUCUGGAGAGGGAGGAGUUCAAUGUUCACAACCCCUGUGCCACCUGGCUAAACGAGAAUGAGGUGGUGCUGUGCACUCAGCAAGGUCAUGUUCUCCUCCAGCACCUCAACACCAACCUCACAACCACACUACUGGACAACAGCACCAUGGAUCUGAAGUCCGUGAAGAUCCAGGUGUCAGCCGACAAAAGAUAUAUCCUGAUGGCCUACAACAUUCGCUCGGUAUUCUCACUGUCCUUCACUGCCUCCUAUGUUCUCUACACCGUGGCCAGUGGGGAGGUGUUGGACCUCAUCCCAGCUGGUGUAGAAGUGUCGGUUCUACAGUAUGCAGCAUGGGGUCCUCAGGAGAACCAGCUGAUCUACGUGUUUGAAAAUGACAUCUACUACAAGGCGGACGUAUCCAGCCCAGCGAUGCGUCUCACGACCUCAGGAAAAGUUGGACAAGAGGUCAAUGGACUGAGUGACUGGACCUAUGAAGAGGAGAUCCUACUAAAGUAUCCAGCCCACUGGUGGUCCAAAGAUGGUGCGCGUCUGGCAUACCUUAAAAUCAACAACUCUGCAACACCCUUAAUGGAGAUACCCCAUUUCCUGGGUGGGACGUAUCCCUCAAAUAUGCUCUACCCCUACCCUAAGGCUGGAUCCAGCAUCCCUGUGGUGGGCCUGUUUGUGGUGAACCUCUAUGGUCCCGCACACACCCUGGAAAUGAUUCCUCCGGACUCCCAGACCAUAAGAGAGAGCUACAUCUCCAUGGUAAACUGGAUCACUAGCACUCGUCUGGCCGUGGUCUGGCUUAACCGUGUCCAAAACCAGUCUGUACUGUGUGUGUGCGAGGCUACGACAGGAGCUUGUGCAGAGAAACACAAAAUGGCCAAGGACCUUUUGCAGGACCAGAACCAGGAGGCGCCAUUGUUCUCGGCAGAUGGCUCCCAGUUCUACCUUACGCUGCCUGCUAAGCAAGGGGCCAGUGGGGAGUUCCGCCAUAUUGCCAGUCUUCCUGCUCAGCCUGCUAUUCUCUCUGCAUCUCCUCGUUUCCUUACUUCAGGCAACUGGGAUGUGGCUCAACUUUGCGCCCUUGAUGAGGAGAACAGCAAAAUUUAUUUCUUGAGCACGGAGGAAUCGCGACACAGCAGGCACUUAUACAGCGUUGAACUUGGAGGAGUGUUCCGUCGUCACUGUCUGACCUGCGACCUUUUUGAGAACUGUAGUUUCUUCAGAGCCGAGUUCAGUCCCAACCAGACACACUUCGCACUAUACUGUUUAGGCCCAGGGGUUCCCAAGGUGACCAUCCACAGUACGGGUGACCCCUCACGAUACACAGUGGUGGAGGAAAACAGCCUCCUAGCAACAUCUCUUAGUGUUAAGCAUCUUCCAGAGACACUCUACAGGACAAUCUCCUCUGACAGCUACGAUCUGCAUUUGAAGCUUUCCCUGCCCCCGGGGUAUGAGGAAAACUUGCACCCGCUCCUUAUCAUGGUUGACGAGAGUCCGGGAAUGCAGUCAGUCACAGAGGAGUUCACCCUUAGCUGGCCACAGGUCCUGUCCAGUCUGUACGGCGUGGCUGUGGUCUGGGUGGACAGAAAAAGCAAAGUGGGUCCAGGCCAGCGCACAAACACACCAGACGCCCGCAGACUAGGAUCACUCCGAAUCAAAGAGCACCUGGGGGUAGUAGAGUGGCUGAGCCAGUUGCCUUACAUUGAUGGACGAAGAAUCGCUCUUUAUGGAAAGGGAUUUGGGGGCUAUUUAACCUUGAAGAUCCUUAGGGCAACUGAGCAGAUGUUCAGAUGCUCAGCCGUCAUGGCCCCGAUCACAGACUUCAGGCUUUAUAGUGCAGCCUUCUCAGAAAGAUACCUGGGCCUCCCUGGAAAGGAAGAGCAUGCCUACAUGUCGGCCUCUUUGCUGGAAGAUGUCCACAAGUUGAAGGAUCAAAACUUUCUCCUUUUGCACGGCACUGCGGACGCCCGUGUGCAUUUCCAGCACAGUGCAGAACUGCUGAGCCGCCUGGUGAAGGUGAAGGCUAACUACACCCUGCAGCUGUACCCGGACGAGGGCCACACUUUCCGAGAAGAGCGCAGCAUCCAGCACCUACAACGCUCCCUCCUGCAUUACUUUCACAACUGCCUCCAACACGACCCACUCCUUGCUGAAGAGGAAGAGGAAGAGGAGGAAGAGGACUGAAAUCAUGCAUGGUCACUCCCGCAGUUCUCCAAAGAGAUCCAGUGGACUAGUGUCUCCCUUCUCGUUAGCAGCUUAGGCUGCUCUAUUUAGCCAACAGAAAGGGGGACUGUGUGGGGAUCAGACAAACCAGCCCUGCCUGCCACUUCCAACAACUGAUGCUUUCAGCUACAAAUCCUUAUGUAUUUCCAGUGUUUAUCUCCCAUGUGUCCUGGGUGGCUGAGAUAAACGCACCAAUUCUGCUUCAUAUUUCAUAUUGCACAUAUUCUAAGUGCACAUAAAGUCCAAAAGUCUGAUCCAAUCAAAGUUGUCAGUAAAGAGGCAGCGUAGCACUGAACAUGAGCUAAGUUCACACAGUGACACUCUGUGGCAAAGUAACGUCACUGCCAUAGACGGAGUGCAAACUACAUGGAUCACAAUAGCAGAGAAUCAUUGACGUAACCUCUCAUGUUACCCACAGUGUUUUCUAUGGUACGUUUAAUGGAACAGAAAGCUACAAUAUGUUCUUUGAACC